UGAUGCAGACAGCGGUGCUCACUUCGGCGUCGAACUUCCUCUCCCUGCUAGACGAGAACGAGAGCGAUGUCAUUAAGGACUACGCGUUGAAGCAAAUAGAUCAGAUAGUGGACCAGUUUUGGCCAGAGAUAUCGGAUUCUAUAUCUGUGAUAGAGGAGCUGCACGAGAGAGCGGAUUUCGUGUCGAGGAAGUUGGCGGCCUUGGUGGCGAGUAAGGUGUUCUACUACUUGGGCGCGUUUUCUGACGCGAUGUUUUACGCGUUGAGGGCGGAGGAGUUGUUCGACAUUACGGCGGAGAACGAGUUUGUGGAGACGUUGGUGGUUAAAUGCAUCGACGAGUACAUUCGGUUGAGGACGUUGCAGUCCAAGGAGGGACAGGAGGGGGAGUCGAUAGAUCCGCGUUUGGAGAACAUCGUGAACCGGAUGUUCGAUCGUUGUUUUCGCCACAAGAAGUACAGACACGCUAUAGGGAUUGCGUUGCAGUCUAGGCGCACGGACUGUUUGGAGCAGGCGAUUAGGAUGAGUCCGGAGAUGGCGGAUUUGUUGCGGUACACGUUUUACGUGACGAUAGAUUUGGUGCCGAUAGAUUAUCGUCCGACGGUGUUGUCGUUGCUGGCGAGGUUGUACGCGGAGUUGCAGAGCGAGGACGCGAUGAGUUUGUCGAGGUGCUUGACGUUUUUGGAGGAGGCGGAGGAGAUAUGCAGGGUGUUUGCGAGGUUGUUGGAGAGGAGGGAGGUGGGGAGUCGGUUGUUGGCGUACCAGAUAGCGUUUGAGGUGGUGGAGAACGCGUCGUCGCAGUUGUUGAGGGAGAUAACGAGGAGGUGGAGGGGGGGAUACAGGCCGGAGGUGGAGGGGGGGAGUUACGAGGAUUGGAAGAAGGUGGGGUCCAUUUUGACGAAUGAGGUGACGAUAGAGUUAUAUUUGCAGUUUUUGUACCGAAACAACCGCGCGGAUUUGAAUAUUUUGAAGCACAUUAAGUCUUAUUUUGAGCCGAGGAGUUCUAUACUGUACACGGCGACGAUAGUGGCGAACGCGUUGAUGCACGCGGGUACGACGCGCGACACGUUUUUGAGAGACAAUUUGGAGUGGGUGAGGAAGGCGACGAACUGGACCAAGUUUACGAUGGCGGCGGGGUUGGGGGUGAUUCACAAGGGGCACUUGAAGGAGGCGUUGAACGUGUUGGAGCCGUAUUUGCCGAGGCCUGGAGCGACGGCGUCGUCUCCAUACACGGAGGGGGGCAGUUUGUAUGCGCUGGGGUUGAUUCACGCGAACCACGGGAAUCCGAGCGAGGAGUUCAACGAGUCGUUCAUGUCGUCGUGCGCGACGGUGGGGGGGUUGCAAGAGGGUUGGUGGAGGGAGUCGGAGGCGUCGAUGGGGGGGGGGUCAGGGCGUGGCGGGGUCGAGCGAGUCGGGGUGCCCGGCGGUGCUGAGGAGUUGUUUCGCAUUUUGUGCGCGUCGGAUGAUGCGGUGGCGGGCGAGGCGGUGGGGUACGCGUUGGGGUUGGUGAUGCUUGGAAGCGCGCACCAGUGCGUGGUGGAUUUGUUGGUGUUGGCGCACGAGACGCAGCACGACAAGGUUGUGCGAGGUUUGGUGAUCGGGUUGGCGUUCUUGUACUAUGGUAGAGAGGGUCAGGCGGACGCGAUGAUCGAGCAGUUGCUGGGCGACAAGGAGGCCAUUUUGAGGUACGGGGGAGCAUUCAUGAUAGGCAUGGCGUACGGGGGGACUGGUCGAAAUUCGGCGAUUCAGAAGUUGCUGCACAUUGCCGUGUCCGACGUGAAUGACGAUGUGCGUCGCGCGGCCGUCAUGAAUCUCGGAUUCGUCUUGUUCAGACAGCCGGAGCGAGUGCCUCAGCUCGUGGCACUGCUGGCCGAGUCUUACAACCCUGCGGUUCGGUACGGAGCUUGUCUGGCGCUGGGCAUGGCGUGCGCCGGGACGGGACUCCGAGAAGCGUACGACAUUCUGCUGCCGCUGGCUCACCGAGACCCCGUCGACACUGUCAGACAAGGCGCGCUGAUCUCUCUGGCGAUGCUCCUGAUUCAGUCCACCGGGCCCUGCGUCAACAAGUUCCGCAAGCACCUUCGCGAGAGAAUCGAAGACAAGCACGAGUCGGCGAUGGCCAAGUACGGCGCCAUUCUCGCCAGCGGAAUCCUGGAUGCCGGCGGGCGAAAUGUCACCAUAUCUCUCCUGAUUCGGUCCGGGUAUAACAACCUGCAGGCGAUGGUCGGUCUGGCCAUGUUCCUGCAGUACUGGUACUGGUACCCUCUGGUCCACUUCAUAUCUCUGGCGCUCGCCCCGACCGCCAUAAUCGCGCUCAACCAGGACCUGCAAAUGAUCAAGAUGUCUUUCCGCAGCCACGCGCCCGUUCACUGGUUCUCCUACCCCGCCGAGACCAGAGCCGAAACCAAGAACCGCGGCCCGCGACUGGCCAAGCUGGAGCUCGCCGCCGCCCGUCGCGGCAAGAAGAAGAGAAAGUGGCCCCUCGGCUCCGCUCCCGCCAACCAGGCCCCCGAGCCCAUGUGCGUCGACGCGGAGGACAAGCCUCACCCUCCCGAGUCCGCCGAAAAGCCCGCCGAAAAGCCCGCCGCCGACGACGAGACCUCGGAGCCCCACAAAUCUUCCUCUCUAGACUCUGCCUCCUCGAAGUCCCAAUUCAAAUACAUCACCUUCGACUCGGACGAACGCUACAAACCCAUCUGUGAGGGCACCUACGGCAUCGUCGUCAUGCAAGACCUCGCCCCACACAUGCCCCUGGACCUCGUGUCGUCGCUGGGACUGCCGACCGAACAAGAGCCCAGCCCCCCGGAACCCUUCGAAUUCAACGAAGACGACUAA